AUGGCUUGCGAAUUGGAUAGAACGGACAACACAAUCAUUGUGGGAAUUGAUUUUGGAACCACGUACUCCGGCGUCGCUUUUACCUGGUCGAACAAGAUUGAGCGACUGGAGGUGGUUUCCAGCUGGGAGUCAGAUAUUCACUCAAAUUUUGACGAGGAAAAGGCGCCCACAGCCCUUUCGUUCGGUUCCAAUGGCAAAGUCAAUUGGGGCUAUUCCAUCCCGUACGAUGUGGAUCAGGUGAAAUGGUUCAAGCUUCUGUUGAUCGACGAAGAAGACCUCCCGGAGGAUGUCCGCAGCUCGGCCAAGAUUGAACAAGCUCGUGCCUACCUGAAGAAGCACAACAAGACGGCAAUCGAGGUCAUUGCACUUUUCCUGAGGCACCUGUGGAAUCAUACCACACAGCGUAUUACCGAGACAGUCAGUCGGAACUUGGUCAACUUUUCCAAGUUCCAUAUUGUUAUCACUCUGCCGGCCAUUUGGCCGGAUUAUGCCCGCAACCGAAUGAGAGAGGCUGCGAGUGACGCGGGCAUGCUCGCGGAACGAACUGCCGGCGACACCGAACUCAGCUUCAUAUCGGAGCCCGAGGCUGCCGCGCUGGUAACCCUUGCAGAUAUGGAAGGGCGCAAUGACAUCAAGGUCGGCGACAGUUUUGUGGUUGUGGACUGUGGUGGCGGUGAUCUCUGCGGUUCUGUCUUCGUUGAUGAGGCUUUUAUCGAGAUUGCGGAGAUUCGCCACCGACUCUUCCACGAUAAAUGGGAGCACGGAAUCAAACCGGCUUUCGAUGGUAUGCAGAGGGUUUGGAACUUGAAUAUGCCAUUUGAGUGUGUCGAUGUCAGGACGCUCAUUGCAGGCGGCUCGCUGCCAAAGAUAACAUUGACAUCCGGGGAUGUGGAAUCAGCUUUCCGCCCAACAGUUGACAAGAUCUGCAGACUGGUUGGCGAACAGGUGACCGCAUAUAUCAUCAUGGUUGGAGGCUUUGGGAGAUGCAGGCACCUUCUUACCGCCCUCAAAGAGAUAUCGGGGGAUAUUGAAGUCUUGCAGUCCCGCGGAUCAGGCCCGUGGACGGCAAUUUGCCGCGGAGCGGUUAUUCACGCAGCGAGCUUGAGAGGCAUUUCGACCUUUUCGGUAAAGGUUGAAUCUCGAAUCGCUCGUGCAAGCUAUGGGUUGGUGCAAUGGGUCUCAUGGAAUCCGGCAGUGCACAACCCUGUGGACAAGGUGUGGGAUGAGGACGAACAAGCUUGGAAGGCCAAAGAUCAAAUGGGUUGGCUAAUCAAGAUGGGUGAAGAAUUGUCAGGAAACAAUACCCCGAGAAUCGAGAUGCACUGUCUGUAUCCCAUCGAUGAAACGGCCAAGAAGCCUUGGGCUACCGACAUCUACAUCUCCUCGGCCUGGCCCCCACCUACCAGAUUUAAUGAGAGGGUGACGAAGCUGUGUGACGUUCAAUGGGAAACAGAGAUCGACAUGUCAACGUUGCCCACCUGUACCAAUCCUCUGGGAAAGGUUUUCUAUGAUCUCAACUAUGAUGUAGCACUAACAUGCAGUGGUUGAUCACUCGACUUCGCUAUCUAUCACGAUGGGAAGAGACAGGGUUCCAAACAUGUAGUCGUCGACUACGAAACCAGGACCUAAGCAGGACG